AUGGCGACUGACGCAAACGCCCUCGCCGACCAGCUCCAGAAGCUUGGUAUCGACAAGGUCGAAUCUUACCCCAACUGUCAUCCCGACACCAACCCCGUCGACAUUUACCGAUCUCACAUCACAAGUCUUCUGGCGCCCAUUACUGGCGUUGAUCCCAGCAUUAUCUACCCCGCCAUCCAGUGGACUCAGACCCUCGACAAGGGCGAUGCUAUCCUCGCUGUGCCCGCUCUCCGUGUAAAGGGCAAGAAGCCUGGCGAGCUCGCUGAAGAAUGGGCCUCCAAGUUCCCCGAGUCUCCCCUCAUUGAGAAGCCCACUGCUUCUGGUCCCUUUAUUUCCUUCUUCUUCAAGGCCGACAAGCUCACCAACAUGCUGCUUCCCACGAUCCGAAAGCAAGCCUCCAGCUACGGCAAGAACCCCUACAAUGGUCUCCGAGACCCCAGCGACCCCAACUCUGGCAAGAAGCGAAUGAUUGUCGAAUUCUCUUCGCCCAACAUCGCCAAGCCCUUCCACGCUGGCCAUCUUCGAAGUACCAUCAUUGGUGGUUUCCUCGCUUCUUUGCAUGAGAGCACUGGCUGGGAGGUCAGGCGACUGAACUACCUCGGUGACUGGGGCAAGCAGUACGGUCUGUUGGCUCUGGCCUGGGAGAAGUGGGGUGACGAGGAAGCCCUCAAGGCCGACCCUAUCAACCACCUGUUCAACCUCUACGUCCGAAUCAACAGCGACAUGUCUGACGAAAAGUCCAAGAUCAAGGAGAAGCAGGACGCCGGCGAGGAUGUCUCUGCUCUCGAGGCCGCCUCUCUGGAUGAGCAGGCCCGAAAGUACUUCCGACGAAUGACGGAUGGUGACAAGGAGGCCGUCGAUCUGUGGCGACGAUUCCGAGAUCUGAGCAUUGUUCGUUAUAAGAAGACGUACGCUCGCCUCAACAUUGAGUAUGACGAGUACUGUGGCGAGUCCCAGGUCCCCGAGGAGGAUAUGGAGAAGGCUGCCAAGAUCCUCGCCGAGAAGGGACUUACCGAGGAUGCCAACGGAGCUACCUUGAUCGAUUUCUCCAAGCACGUCGCUGGAAAGCCCGGCAAGAGUCUUGAGAAGGUUAUUCUCCGAAAGAAGGACGGCACUGCUCUUUACCUCACCCGAGAUAUCAGCGAGCUCCUCAACCGACAGGAGAAGUACAAGUUUGACAAAAUGAUCUACGUUAUUGCUUCUCAGCAGGACCUUCACUUGAAGCAGCUCUUCAAGACUAUUGAGCUUAUGGGCCACGAGGACAUUGUCAAGAAGUGCCAGCACAUCAACUUUGGCAUGGUUCUUGGUAUGAGCACCCGAAAGGGUACUGUCAAGUUCCUCGACGAUAUCCUCCGUGAUGUCGCCGAAAAGAUGCACGAGGUCAUGCGAAAGAACGAGACCAAGUACUCCCAGGUUGAGAACCCCGAGGCUGUUGCCGACAUUCUCGGCAUCAGCAGUGUUAUGGUCCAGGACAUGUCUGGAAAGCGAAUCAACAACUACAAGUUCGACAUGGACGUCAUGACCUCUUUCGAGGGUGACACUGGUCCUUACCUCCAGUACGCCCACGCUCGUCUGUGCUCUAUCCGCCGAAAGGUCAACCUCAGCGACGAGCAGCUCGCCACCGCCGACUACAGCCUGCUGAAGGAGAAGCACGCUACGGACCUUGUCCGACUUCUCAGCCAGUGGCCCGACGUUGUCCAAAACACCCUCAAGACUCUGGAGCCCACCACCAUCUUGACAUACCUGUUCAAGAUGACCCACGUCCUCAGCUCCAGCUACGACCACCUCCGAAUUGUCGGCAGCGAGGAUGAGCUCCAAAAGGCCCGUAUGGGUCUGUACGAUGCUGCCCGAAUUGUGCUCUACAACGGCAUGAGCCUCCUUGGUCUCACACCUGUUGAGCGGUAUGUUGGUCUCUGA